AUGGCGUUGCAGGGCUGUUUUGAUGCACUUCAAAGAAGAUACCUGCGCAUGGUUCUUCUAUCAAUUUACUGUGAUCCAGACAAUCCACAGAAAGUGACUGAAUGCUACCAGUUUAAAAUCAAUUACACAGAGAAAGGACCUCAGAUGGACUUUGAGAGCAAAAAUGGGCAGAGUCUGACUAAAAUGGCCUGUGACAACACCCAGAAAUCCAGUAUGCUGCUGGUGCGCAAGCUUUACAUGCUGAUGCAAAAUCUCGGCCCGCUGCCUGACAACAUCUGCCUCAACAUGAAACUCUUCUACUAUGAUGAGGUGACAGCUCAGGAGUAUCAGCCACCUGGCUUCAAGGACGAUGACAACGAGACGUUGAUAUUUGAGAGGGAACCAGUAAAUCUGACCAUGGGAGAGGUGGUCACACCUUUUCAUAGCCUCAGAAUGAACGUCACUACUGAGCGCAAGAGACUUGAGCCGUUUGAUGAGGAGGAGGAAGUAUGUGUGAGUACAAAAUGAUCUUUGAAAAUGUUUGAAGAUGGAAUGAUGUCUGAGACCUCAGUUCAGCAGGAGUGUAUGACAAAGGAGAAAGUCAUCAUUGAUGCUGGCAUUGAAUACUCAGAAACUCAGGAAAACUCACAACAGGCUCACAGAAGCAGCAAGGAGGAUUUUGACAUAACAAAUGCAAAGAUGGACAGUCUGGUAAACAAAACUGCUGAUCUUAAGGUGAACGCAAGGAAGACCAGGAGCGGACGCAUCUUUGAGCCUCAGAUCUCUCAGUUAGUGUUCCCGCUGAGCCAAGAUCCCCAGCCAUCAGCCCCGAAGAGGCGCAAAGUCAGUGUACCUAAAUAACAUUGACUUGUACACUCACAGUAUUUCUAGUACAGUCACACAGCAACAUACUAACAUACACAUGCUGUUUAUUCAUUCAGUUGCAGAAAUGCAUUGUUAACAAGUUUUAUGGUUCAAGGGCGUGUCAUAACUUGAGGA